AUGGCGGCGGCGGUGGUGGCCGAAGCGCCGGAGCCGUGGCCGGAGGUGGACCUGGUGGAGCGCGAGCAGCGUCGGGAGCUGCUGUUGACGGGCCCGGCGCUGGAGGAGCGCGUGCGGGCGGCGGGAGGGCGGCUGCCGCCGCGCGUGUUCUCGCUGCCGCUGCUGCACUCCCUGGAGGUGUGCGGCUGCGCGAGCCUGCGCGAGCCGGGCCCGGGGCUGGCGCGCGGCCUCCCGCGCCUGCGCAGCCUCGUGCUACGGGGCAACGCGCUCGGGCCCGCGCUCAGCCCGGAGCUGGGCCCGCUGCCCGCGCUGCGCGUGCUCGACCUGUCCGGGAACGCGCUGGAGGAGCUGCCGCCGGGCCGCGGCCUGGGCCCCGCCGAGCCCCCGGCGCUGCCGCAGCUGCAGAGCCUCAACCUGAGCGCCAACCGCCUGCGCGCGCUCCCGACCGAGCUGGCGCGCUGCGCGCCGCGGCUGCAGACCCUCAACGUGGCGCGCAACCGCCUGCGCGCGCUCCCGGCCGAGCUCUUCGCGCUGCAGCUGCUGAGCGAGCUGGCCGCGGCCGACAACGAGCUGCAGGAGCUCAGCCCGGCCGUGGCGGGGCUGCCCGCGCUCAAGACUUUGGAUCUCGCUAAUAACCAGUUAAGUGAAAUUCCCGGGGAACUUGCUGACUGUCCAAAGCUCAAGGAGAUCAAUUUCAAAGGGAACAAAUUGAAAGAUAAACGCCUGGAGAAGAUGGUGAACGGCUGCCAACCUAAGUCCAUUCUGGAGUAUCUUCGAGUUGGGGGACGGGGCAAAGGAAGGGGAAAGACUGAUGGCUCCGAAAAAGAAGAAAGCAGGAAAAAAAAGAGGGAGCGAAAGCAGAAAAAGGAGAGCGGAGAGGGCGAGGAGGAGGAGGUAGAGGAAGUGAACAAGCUUCUCAUCAGGAUUCUGCAUGUCUCUGAAAACCCCACUUCUAUGACUGUCAAAGUAAACCCAGUGGUGAAGGACGUCCGUCCCUACAUUGUGUGCGCUGUCGUCAAAGGCAUGAACUUGAAGCCAGGAAAUGCUCUGAAGCGAUUCCUCUCGAUGCAGACCAAACUCCAUGAAGACAUCUGUGAGAAAAGAACAGCAGCGACGAUAGCAACUCAUGACCUUAAGCUGAUCAAAGGCCCUCUGGUCUAUGGAGCACAAUCUCCCCAAGAGCUAAAGAUUGUCCCCUUAGGACGGAAGGAGAUCAAAGCAAAGGACCUCGUCCGACAAUUACAACUGGAAGCUGAGGAGCAGAGAAAGCAGAAGAAAAGGCAGAAUGUCUCAGGUUUGCACAGAUACCUUCACUUAUUAGAUGGAAAAGAAAACUACCCUUGUCUAGUAGAUGCAGAUAAUGUGGUUAUUUCUUUCCCACCAAUAACCAACAGUGAGAAGACAAAGAUUAAAACAACAACCUCCGAUUUAUUUCUGGAAGUGACAAGUGCUACAAGUCUGCAGAUCUGUAAAGAUAUCAUGGACACCCUCAUUUUGAAAAUGGCAGAGCUCAACAAAUUCACUUUAGAAAAUAAAGAGGAGCAGUCCCUCUCCGAUACAGAAGCUGAUGGUGUUUCUGGCCCAUUCAAUCUCCAGUCAAAUCAGAAUGCUGAAAAAGAUGGCAGCCCUCCAUUAAUUGUGGAGCAGGUUCGAGUGGUGGACAUGGAGGGGAGCUUAAAAGUUUUGUAUCCUUCUAAAACAGAUCUGGACAUAACUGCUUCCCAUAUAACCAUCAUCCGUUGAUGGAGAUGGCCACAGUUCUCAGCAAGCUGUUUGUAAAAUACUUGUCAUUUUGGCCUAUUUGACAGGAGUUUGUAUAUGGUAUAAUUAAAUUAUUCACUACAUUUUCCACCCCCAAAUUUUUUAAAAGAAGAUAGGUAAUAGUUCAGUUUCCAAAGCUACGUCUGUUCAGUUCCUCCUCUUGUGACAGUGAAGCUAUCUCUUCUUGAUGCCAACAGUGAAAAACCACGGAAUCUCAGAGGCCACCUCGUCUAAUCAUAUACAUGUAAAACUCAGUGUUAUGGUUGUUUUGGUUUUACAGCACCAAAGAGCUGGUUUCAUCCAUCCUUUUCAUGAAAUUUAAAUGGAUUUUGGAAUGAACUGAGCAAGAUCUGUGUUCUGGCAUCAUGACUUCACAGCCUAAGAGUUUCUGCUUUUAAAGGGCGGGGGGACAUGAGUUGGACUGGAACUGGGGUGGGGAACCUGCACCCUCAUCCUUGGGUGCGGCCUUUUGCCUGAGUCCAAGUUUUACAGAACAAAUCC